AUGACUCAAUCACCUCCCUGGGCAGCCCAUUCCAGCACCUUACCAAUAGAAAUUUUCCUCUCAAAUGAGGACGUAUCAGAUAUUAAUUUGAACUCUGUAUGUCGGACAUACAGAGGAAUUUGGGUGAGCCCUGCUUGUGUAAAGAUGGAAAUACUGGGUCUACCAUUAUUAAAACCAGUUGUGAAAAAUGUGGUCCUUUUGUUCUGCAUCACAUCUGCUCUGUUCAUGUUCUUUUUCAGGUGCAAAGAUGGCUUGAAGGGAUUUACAUACUCUGCACUGAAAUUCAUUGUAGGAAAAGAAGAAAUCCCCACUCAUUCAUUUUCACCUGAAGCAGCAUUUUCGAAAACAGAGAGAAAAAUAAAGCCUUGUGAAAAAAUAUCACAGCGAAUGAACUUGUUGGCUCUAACGAAAAAGCUGAUGGACAAAGUGUGCAAACAUGGCCCAAGGCAUAGAUGCUGUAAACAUUAUGAAGAUAAUUGCAUCUCAUAUUGUAUUAAAGGCUUCAUUAGGAUGUUUAGCAUUGGUUACCUGAUCCAGUGCUGCCUUCGGAUCCCAUCUACCUUCCGGCAUCUGUUUACAAAGCCAUCCCGGCUACUUUCACUCUUCUACAACAAGGAAAAUUUCCAGCUUGGAGCUUUUCUGGGAUCUUUUGUCAGUAUAUACAAAGGUACAAGCUGCUUCCUGCGCUGGGUACGGAACCUAGAUGAUGAGCUUCAUGCGCUUGUAGCUGGGUGUCUAGCUGGAAUUUCUAUGAUGUUCUACAAAAGUACUACUAUCUCUAUGUAUCUGGCAUCCAAACUAGUAGAGACAAUAUACUUCAAAGGCAUUGAAGCAGGGAAGGUUCCCUAUUUUCCUCAUGCAGACAGCGUCAUCUAUGCCAUUUCUACAUCAAUAUGUUUUCAGGCAGCUGUCAUGGAAGUUCAGAAUCUGAGACCUUCAUACUGGAAAUUCCUUUUACGACUAACAAAGGGCAGGUUUGCUUUGAUGAACAGGAAAGUUUUGGAUGUAUUCGGUACUGAAGCAUCCAGGAACUUCAAGGAUUUCACGCCUAAGCUUGACCCAAGAUACACUGUUGUACCACCAGAGCUACCUCUGGAGCUGUCGUGAAAAUUAUAGUAUACCUUGUCGUUGAAUGUGACCAGCGUUUUGUCCUGGAAAGUUGAAUAACUUAACAGUAAUGUAUAUGGAGGAGGGCUUUGGCUCCACUUCAGUAUUAUUUCAAUGAGAAAUGCUUUUUACCAAUCAAAAGUACUGGAGCUUUGUAGGAAGGUGUGGCUUAGUGAUUAAGCCUCUUCCACAUACAGAACUUAUUUCUGGGUUACUGUAGUUGGCUGACAGUAUGGUAGAUUCCUGAAUGAAUUAAACAAAUGAGUAAUAUAUUUAGAGAAGUAAAACAUACAUGAAACACAAAUAUGCAUCAUAAUUUCAAAAAUUUUAUUCAUACCAGUAGAAUACUUGGUAAAACUAAAAGUAAUUUUUAAAUUAGAAGGGAAAAUGUAUGGCACAGAUUAGGUCCAGAAUUUCACCUGAUCUUAAACCUAUUACAGUCUGGCGAAAAAGUCUCCUUGGCUUUCCCAAUUGUGUCGCUGAUUUAUCUCAAAAGAGCCACUGCCCACUCAUUAUUUAAAAGGACAAUAUUUUUAUAGAGCUGUGGUUGCAAAGUAAGGCAUUCCUUAGUGAAAAAAAAAAAAAA